AGCAGCGGGACUCCAGGCUCUCACUUCCCCAGCUGCUGACGUCAGCUGGCAGCCUGGGCUGAGCUCGCCGCUCCGGACAUAGCGCCGAGAAAAAUGCUGCUCUCCGUACCGCCAAGGGCAGGAAUCAACCCCUACAACGGCUACAACAGCAGAAACAGCAAAAAGCAGUCCUAUGUGUCCUCCGGCCACCAGAUGGCACCUCCCAGUCCCAACACCAACAGUAGUAGCAACAGCAGCGGCGGAGGUGGGGAACAGCUCAGUAAAACGAACCUAUAUAUCCGCGGCCUCCAUCCAGGAACUACGGAUCAGGACCUCGUGAAGCUCUGCCAACCGUAUGGCAAAAUCGUUUCCACCAAAGCCAUUUUGGACAAAACUACCAACAAAUGUAAAGGAUAUGGCUUUGUGGACUUUGACAGUCCAGCUGCUGCACAAAAAGCCGUCACAGCUCUGAAAUCCAGCGGAGUCCAGGCUCAAAUGGCCAAACAACAAGAGCAGGACCCCACCAACCUCUACAUCUCCAACCUGCCGGUGUCCAUGGACGAGCAAGAGCUGGAAAACAUGCUGAAGUCCUUCGGCCAGGUCAUUUCCACCCGGAUCCUCCGGGACGCCAACGGGACCAGCCGUGGCGUGGGAUUUGCAAGAAUGGAGUCCACAGAGAAGUGUGAGGCCAUAAUUCAGCAUUUCAAUGGCAAAUUCAUCAAGACUCCUCCAGGAGUGCUCGCACCCACAGAGCCCUUAUUGUGCAAGUUUGCAGACGGGGGUCAGAAGAAGAGGCAGAGCCAGGGGAAGUAUCUCCAUAAUGGAAGGCCCUGGGGUCGAGACGGAGAUACGGGAGGAAUGACGCUAGCGUAUGACCCAACAGCCUUACAGAAUGGUUUCUACUCCUCACCCUACAGUCUGGCUCCAAACCGAAUGAUUGCCCAGACCUCUCUCUCACCCUACAUGCAUUCUCCUGUCUCCUCCUACCAGGUACACAGCCCGUCCUGGAUGCACCACCAGUCAUACCUCAUGCAGCCAGCUGGUACAGUGCUAACCCCGACAAUGGAGCAUGCCAUGUCCAUCCAGCCCACGUCCAUGAUGGGGCCUCUCACUCAGCAAAUAAGCCACCUGUCUCUGGGCAGCACGGGCACAUAUAUUCCAGCCAACACUACUAUGCAGGGGCCUUAUAUCCCCCAGUACACCCCAGUGCCUCCUUCCAAUGUCCCAGGAGAGGAGAACGGUGGUCAGCAGCAGCAGGUCGCCAUGGAGAAUCCGGCAGAACAUACAAACUACUCCUACCAACACACCAAGUGAAGCUGAGCUCCCACCAAUGAGAAGAAACAAAUCCAACCAAAACAGGAUUAAGCUGGAAGAGAUCUCAACCAUAACCAAUCACCGGGACUUGAACACGGAUAACAAAAGGAACACGUGUGUGCCAGUGAGUGUGCUUGCGUGUACUUGUGGGUGAGGAUGUAUGUGUGUCUGUUUUGUUUUUUUGCUUUGUUUUGUUUUUGCUCUUUUCUUCUUUUUUUUUUUUUGUUUAAGAAAAAGGACAACAAUUAACUUCAUCAGACUCUUCAGCUCACGUCCUCAAGAGUUGACCAACCAAAGGUGGGAACCUUCUUCAAAGAAGAUUGGGUCUAUUUUGAUAACUGAAAAAGGAAAAAAAUAACGUUGUUGAAAAAUGUCAAAAGAAGUAGGAGAGGAAGAAAUGACACAGAGCAUUAUUUUUGUGCAAGUGGUAUAGCAAAUUCUUAUUUAAAAAAAAAAAAAAAAAGCAUUCUGGAUGUUUCAGAGUGAUUCAAGGAAAAGUUGAAACACAAUGUGUCUUUUAUUUUUUUGUGUAAAAUAUGCAAACUUUAUUUUUAUUUUUUGAUGUCUGUUGUUUGACAUUCUAGUUGCAGCAGCAGUUUGUACAGAUUUCAAAACUUUUUGCUGGUCUGAUGUGUGGAGUCAUUCUAACUGUGGGAGGUAAACCGUUUAAAGCUACUUCUUCUUGUAACUGCUGCAGAGAUUUCUAUUCACACACGCAUGAAAAUAACAUUGACUGUUCAUAGUUUUUGUUUAUUUAGACCAUAACAGAACAAAAGACAAUCAAUUAUUUAUAUUUAUAUUCAAAUCAUAGUUCUAUUUUUUUGGAGUUUUUAAUCAUUGAAGCGUAGAUUUAUGAAAAAGAAGUUAUUUAAUGUUGUAGUCUUUAAAGACAAGUUAAAAUGGACUUACAAUUUUGACCUUACACUCUAAUGGAUUCUCUAAAGUGACUCUUUUGGUUUUUGAAAUCUUUUUGUCAAUGAGUGGGCAUGGGCUAUCAUCAUGUUAUUGUUAUUCGAUUUUACAAAGUCACGGUUUCACAAUCAAACAUCAAAUUUUGAUGCUGAAGAAAGGACAGUUUUUCAGCAUAGUGAUUGCUGCAAUUGCUGUGUUUAAAGUAGCUAUUGUUUUAAAAUGAAAUUUAGUAACAAACAUCCCGGUACAAUCAAGCUAACACAGCAACUAACAUCACUGAUUAACUGGCUAACAAUUGCUUGUCAGGCUCCCAAUACAUCUUAAUACAAAUUGAGCAUAUUAGCCAAAAAUCAAUUUAAUUGUAACAAAACUCCACAAAUACCAAGAUCUAAGUGUCUGUUGGUGAAUAAACGGCUAUGUACAGUUUUGCUAACAUGACAACUAACUUGGCUCAUUAGCUAAAAAUAUUAACUUGCCAGGCUCUCAACUUUUAUUUAUAAAGAGCCAAAUGGCAGAAAUGACAUAGUUAGCAUAGCAAUCCCCCAAGUUAGCCUUUCCCCAUACAAUUAACCAGCUAGCAGUAGUUUUGUCAGUUUGUAGGUUUUUUUGUGGCCGGUUAUUGUGUAUUUAUAAUAUUUACAGACUCAACAUCACAUUGCAUAAUAAAGGAGCCUCUGUAGAGCAGGGCUUUAUGAUUAUAUACUUAAAAAAAAUUUAAAUGACUGAAGGUAGAACAUUUUAAGCUGCAUUUAGCAUCUCAAAUUAGUUAUUCGUCUUGCUAGUGUCAGGAAUAAAAUGGUGCUGUUCUGCAUUAAGAUUUACUUAAAGAUUGUUACCUUAACUGUGAGGCUUCCAAAGGCAUGGUAACAUUUCUAAGUACAGGAUGCUUCAUGUUAAAUUCAGGUUAAUAAAACAGAGCAACAUUGAUUUGAUGAUUUAGUCCUCCUGCUGUCUCUCACAGCCUGUUUAAAAACAGCUUCCAGAAUGAACAGAAGACAGGACUCAAUAGCUAAAUUACAAAGAAAAGCUUCUUAAACCUUUUGCACUUCCUAAAACUUAAUUUAUAUAUGCCUUACUGAAAAUGAAGAUUGCUAAGUUUGAGUCUUCUUCCCUCUGUAACAAAUUCCACUCUGAAAGGUGUUGCUGUUAGCCAAUUCCAGUUACCUGCCAAUUUCUCUAUGCUUUUUAAUUUUUUUUAAUUUUUUUUAAUUUUUUUUUUUACAUUUAUUAAUUUUGUCUUUCAAUACCUAUGAAACCGUGUAAUUUUUGCUCAACUUUAUAUUUUCACAGCGGCCCAUGCCUGUCUCUGAGAAGUGGUUUUAAGCGGUUUUGUUGCAGCUACCAUCAGGUAUCUUUUAAUUCAACCUCUGUCCCAGGGGGUAGAUGAACAUGCUUUAGAAAGAAGCAGUUAGAUAUUAUGUGUAAAAAGAGCAAUGCAGUUACUAAAUUAAAGAGUAGUUUAGUAAAAGUGAUGAGGGAAAAUUAAUGAAAGACUUAGAAAAUCCCACCGAAUGGUUUAGUCUGAUAGGAAAGGGAGUGAUAAGUCUUUUUAUUUUCAAUGCUGCUGUCAUCUGAGUUUGAUUUUGUCAGUGAGUUUUUAGUUUGUAGAAAGAUAUUUUUUCAGUUUUUUUGUUGUUGUUGUUGUUUCUCUUGUUUUGUUUGUUACUGAAAAGAUUUGCCUUUUUUGAUUAAAUAUUCUUAGCUUAGAUUUUAGCUGUAGAGUUUAUCUCUUCAGAGAGACUAGAUGUUAGUUUCCUCUUUAAAUGGUUUGAGGCUGUUCUCUUGUUCACAUCCAGAUUUCUCUUGUUUUACUUUCACAAAAAAUUUCCGUUCCAAGCCUCGUGUCAUCUGUCUGUCCUCAUAUUGUAUCCGAACUGUUUGUAGAGAGCUUUUCAGAGCCGAGAGCUCAACCAAACUGACUUAAAUGUUGCGCUGAUCUAAGCGAUUCGUCCUGCUCAGUGUCGCGGUGUUCAAAUACCGGUCAGCACAUCGAGUGAAGUGAAGCUUACGUCACCAUGUCUGUUCAAAUAUGUUGACCUGUAAAUUUGUAGACACCAGAACUGUAGAUAUGUAGAUAGUAAGUAGUGGUUUUUACAAAGGACUGCUCACCAGACCAUGGAAGUGCCAUUACAGACGAUUCUUACAGCCUUAGUGAGACUGCAAGUCUGAAUAAAUUUGUGAGAGAUCCAAAAUUCUGCAAAAAAAAAAAAACUACACAUUUUUAGCGAAGCCUUAAUGAUCCUUUUCUGGAUUUACUGCCUGAUUUCUCACUGAAUUGACUUUUAUUUGUAUAUACUAUGAAAAUGGCGACAGGCUUCUUUGUACCCCGUCUAGUUAGUUAUCACAUCAGAGUCGCUGCUGGUUUAUGCUCCUGUUCAAUCAUUCAUCUUUCGAGGUAGAUGACGUCUGCCUCAGGGCUUCACAGUUUGAUUAUCCUGAUUCUGUCCUGGUCUUUUUUUAUGACGUUAACUUUUAGCUGUUUUCCUGCUUUAUGUUUCUGCAACCAAAGACGUUGUACCCAUCUCCACUUUAUUUUAUUUUUUUAAAUGCAUUUAAAAAUUUGGAUAAACUCAUACAUUAGAAAUAGGACAAGUGUCCAAUCAUGCUCAAAAUUAUGGCCACGGGUAAAGUCAAUUUAUUAUUUUCUUUGCAGACCUAUGGAGACGAAGCAUCUAAGAAGUGUCCUCUUGAUAAAUUUUUUUAAAGCGUUUGUAGGGUGGACGUUCCCGUACUGUAAAUAAGAGAACUGUUGAGUGCAUGCAGACACACUGGUGAAUAUAUGGGGGGUUCAACACACAUCCAGGAGGAAAACAGCUUUGCUCUUCAUGGUGUUAAACAGACAGUUUUCAGACACAAACGUUACUUUUGUAAAUAGCCAUUUUUCCUCUUUCUACUUGCUCUCUCUUUACCAUUCUGUUUUAUUUCAUCUUGUGUGAUUCAUUGAUUAUUUUUAUUUUUUUUUGUAUGAUUUAUGACCUGUCCAGAUAACAUCGUGACUAUCAGGUUUUCAGAUUCAGUGCACCAUGAAGGAAAUAUCCAAAUAAAUGCUAUUCCAUGUGUUAGACGCCACUUUUAAUACAUAAACCGUGAUGUUUGAAACUAUGAAAUGACCAAGGGUCAUUUGCAAAGCAGUGUUUAUUUAUUUUUUUUUAUUUUUUUACAAGAGAAAAUGUUACAAAAAGAAGUUGUAAUAUUUGUAAAUGAACUUGUCUUUUGAUUGCAAUAUUAUAAGAAAAAAUAAAUACUCAAACUAAUUUUGUAGAUAGUACACACAAUUUAAGAUUUAAAAUGAAUUUGUUGCACUUACUAAUACUUCAAAUGCUCUUUU